AUGCGCGUGCUCGCGUGUCUUUGCGUUCCUGCUUCUUUCCCCGCAGAAGACCGUCGUCGAACUGCCACCUGGUCAGAUCUGGGGAUGACCCUAGGCUCCACCGUGUCGGAUCGUGAGGAUGAUGAUAUCACCCCCUCCGAUCCCUUCACAAGCCAAGCUGCACAAGCUGGUCGCCAUCUGUCCACCGUUGCCCAACGGUUUGCCAUGAUGAUCCCCCACAUCCGUGCCUCCAUGGGCGAGCAUAUCUGGUCAUGA